GUGAAGACUCUCUCUCUUUUCUCUUCUCUCUCUCUCUCUAAAACAGAAAAAAAGAGAGAGAUCCAAAAUCCAACGAUAACAGAUAUUAUCUGCUUUCCUUUUCUCCUCUCUCUCUCUCACACCGGAAUCGAAUCUCUCACGUUGGUCGAUCUUUUCUAGUAACGGCGGCGGCCAUCGCUUUCUUCUUCUUUCUCCCCCUCCAGGCCUUCAUUGGUAAUUGCUGAUUCUUGAAGGUCAGCUAUGGAGGGAGUUAAAUUCCCCUGUGGUGGGAUUAUUAACGAUUUCAAAGGAAGAAGAAAGUGUUACAAACAAGACUGGCUUGCUGCCUUCAAUUCUGGUGUCAGGAUUUUGGCUCCAACUCUGUAUAUUUUCAUUGCCUCUGCACUACCUGUGAUUGCAUUCGGCGAGCAGCUUAGCAGAGAGACAGAUCGAAGCCUUGGCAUAGCGGAAUCAUUAGCUUCAACAGCUAUUUGUGGAAUUAUUCAUUCAGUUUUUGGUGGACAACCUCUCUUGAUAGUAGGGGUUGCUGAACCCACUAUUAUAAUGUACACAUAUCUUCACAGUUUCAGCAAAAGCAGGCCUGAGUUGGGUCAGAAACUCUACUUAGCUUGGUCUGGAUGGGUCUGUGUCUGGACAGCAGUUUUGCUUAUCCUUCUUGCAAUGUUAAACGCAUGCAACAUCAUUUCUAGGUUUACAAGAAUCGCAGGAGAGCUCUUUGGAAUGCUCAUAACCGUUCUUUUUACCCAGGAGGCUGUUAAGGGACUUAUUGGCGAGUUUCUUGUCCCAAAAUCUGACGAUCCAAGUUUGGAAGUGUAUCAGUUCCAAUGGCUGUAUACCAAUGGUCUUCUUGCCGUCAUAUUCUCAUUCGGUCUUCUUUACACUGCUCUGAAAAGCAGGAGAGCCAGAUCAUGGAAAUAUGGCUUCAGGUGGAUGCGAGGUUUUAUAGGGGAUUAUGGAACUCUCCUCAUGCUUGUGCUGUGGAGCGCAUUUUCAUACACAGUCCCUAGAAACCUUCCUGAAGGAGUUCCAAGGAGGCUAGAAUUGCCACUUCCUUGGGAUUCCGAGUCUUUGUAUCACUGGACAGUGGUCAAGGAUAUGGGGAAGGUCCCGCCUCUUUACAUCCUUGCUGCAUUUAUACCAGCAAUCAUGAUCGCAGGUCUAUACUUCUUUGAUCAGUGUGUAUCUGCACAAAUGGCUCAGCAGAAGGAGUUUAAUCUCAAAAAUCCCCCGGCUUAUCACUAUGAUAUCUUUAUCCUAGGAAUCAUGACAUUGAUCUGUGGCCUACUUGGACUUCCUCCUUCAAAUGGGGUCAUUCCACAAUCCCCUAUGCACACAAAGAGUCUUGCAGUUCUUAAGAAGCAGCAAAUGCGAAAGAAAAUGGUACAGAAAGCAAAAGAAUGCAUGAAGGCAAAAGCUAGCAACUCGGAGAUCUACGGGAGGAUGCAAGAUGUGUUUAUAGAGAUGGAAACAUCCCCUAAGGCUACAGUGGUGAAAGAGUUAGAAAACCUGAAAGAAGCAGUGAUGAAAGCAGACGAUGGAGGAGGAGACACGAAGGGGAAGAAAUUUGAUCCAGAGGUACAUAUUGAAGACCAUCUGCCCGUUAGAGUAAACGAGCAGAGAGUGAGCAAUCUCUUGCAAUCGAUCCUUGUUGGGUUGUUGAUAUUUGCAGUACCAGUUCUCAGAAUGAUACCAACUUCAGUCCUAUGGGGUUACUUCACUUACAUGCUUCUGUAUUUUCUGAUAUGUUAUGGAGUGACAUGGAUACCUGUAGGAGGAAUAUUGUUCCCAUUUCCGUUCUUCAUCCUCAUUGCUCUAAGACAACACAUCCUCCCGAAGCUUUUUGAUCCAUCUCAUCUCCAAGUUUUAGAUUCUUCAGAGUAUGAAGAGAUGGUUGGUGCACCACAAAGAAACUCCAGCUUCGGUUUCAAUGGGGAGUUAAGAGAGGCGGCGCUUCCAAUCAGUGUUGUUGAGAACAGUGAAGACGAGUUUUAUGAUGCAGAGAUCCUGGAUGAGAUUACUACUAGCAGAGGUGAACUCAAGCAUAGAACCUUAAGUGUCAAAGAAGACAGAUCCCAGAUGGUAUAUCCAGAAAACAGUGGACACUCAUAA